AUGAACCAACCGUAAUUCUAAACAGGCUCCUUAUUUUGUUGGGCGUUGCAGAUUUGCUCGACACAUAGCGAAGUCUGCGGCUUCUUUCCAGUUUCUACUGCUAAUCCAAACCACCACUAGACAAUCCCCAGGAGACUGAAUUGGGUACAUGACACUGUUACGGGAACAGGUUUGUGUUGCAUGAAUUGGUUUGAUGAGUUUUGACGCCAUUAGGGUUCUGCAAAUUGAGGGUGUCAUUAUUGUUUGAGAGUAAUUCUGUUCUUGUCUAUUUUAAUUGGUUUCAUUGAUACAUACUUAAAUUUUAAUGGGUUUAGGGUUCUUGUACUUAUAAUUUUGAUGGCGUUGCCAAUUACUGAACUACAAUUUCGUUGAGAACUAGGGCCAUUUUGUAUCAUGCAUUUGAAGGAGGGAUACUCCUUACUGCUAAAACCCCACAGACCCUCAGUCCCUUUUGUUCUAUGCUCAAACCCAUCUCUUGAUGUUAACCCAAACCCGAAAAUGGAGACCCAAAUUGCACUCAAGGAGUCUGAUGUUCUCAAGAGGUUGAACCAUGAAAGAGACUUGGCUGUAGCUUUAGAGUACUUCAAGUCCGUCGCCAAUUCAAGAUCUUUCAAACACACUCCUCUCACGUAUUGGACAAUGAUUGAGAAGCUUGGAAGGGAAUGUGAGAUGGAUGGAGUGCAGUACUUUUUGCAGCAAAUGAAGUUGGAAGGUAUUAGCUGUUCUGAAGACUUGUUCAUUAGUGUGAUUAGUUCAUAUCGGCAAGCAGGGGCUGUUGAACUUGCGUUGAAAACAUUUUACAGGAUGGGAGAUUUUGGUUGCAAACCCAGUGUCAAGAUCUACAAUAAUCUCUUGGAUGCAUUGCUUAGUGAUAAUAGGUUUCAAAUGAUCAACCCCAUUUACAUGAACAUGAAGAAGGAUGGGUUGGAGCCUAACGUGUUUACCUAUAAUAUUCUCUUGAAGGCGUUGUGCAAAAAUGAUCGGGUAGAUGGUGCUCGCAAGCUGCUCGAUGAAAUGUCAAGCAGGGGGUGCCAACCUGAUAAUGUGAGCUACACAACCAUAAUAUCAUCUAUGUGUAAGGUUGGCAAGAGUAAGGAAGCAAGGGAGCUUGCCAUGAGAUUCAUCCCUAUUGUCCCUGUUUACAAUGCAUUGAUCAAUGGGAUGUGCAAAGAGUGCAAAAUUGAAGAGGCAUUUAAGUUGCUAGAUGAGAUGGUUUGUAAGGGUCUCAGUCCUAAUGUCAUAUCAUACACAACUAUCAUCAAUGCUUUGUCUGAUGCUGGGAAUGUUAACCUAUCCAUGGCUAUUUUGGCCCAAAUGUUUGUUAGAGGAUGUCAUCCCAAUAUUCAUACCUUUACUUCUUUGAUAAAAGGUUUUUAUUCUAAAGGGAGAUCAUGUGAAGCUCUCAACAUGUGGGACCAAAUGAUGAGAGAGGGAAUUUUUCCUAAUGUUGUUGCAUAUAACACACUCAUACAUGGUCUAUGCUCUAACAGGAAAAUGGGUGAAGCUGUAUCUGUUUUAAAUCAGAUGGAGAGAAACAGAUGCACUCCUAAUCAAACUACAUAUAGUACUCUAAUUGAUGGCUUUGCGAAGGCUGGAGAUUGGGUUGGUGCAUCUGAUACAUGGAACAAGAUGAUGUCCCAUGGAUGCCGCCCUAAUGUUGUGGUUUAUACCUGCAUGAUGGAUGUUCUUUGUAGGAAUUAUAUGUUUAAGCAAGCUCAUUAUCUUCUAAAGAAUAUGACCAUGGAAAUGUGUCCGCCAAGUGUAAUUACAUUCAAUAUGUUUAUUAAAAGUUUCUGCAGAAGUGGACAAGUAGAUUUGGCAAUGAAUGCUUUUGAUCAAAUGGAAAAAUAUGGGUGUGCACCCACAAUCACAACGUACAAUGAGCUCCUAUAUGGUCUCUUCAGAGAAUGGAACUUCACAGAAGCUUUUGGGCUUCUUAGGGAGCUGGAAGAAAGGGGGAUUAAGCCUAAUCUAGUCAGUUAUAAUACUAUUCUGUAUGGCUUUUGUUGUGCUGGAAUGUUCCAAAAGGCUCUGCAGCUUUUAGGGAAAAUGCUGGUUAGGGGGAUAAAGCCUGAUACCGUCACAAUAAACAUAGUAAUUAAUGCCUACUGUAAGCUGGGUAAGGUUAAGACUGCCAUUCAACUUACAGAUGCAGCUAGUGCAGGGCACUGGCAUCCAGACUUAAUAACUUACACCAGUCUUAUAUGGGGGAUUUGUAAUUGGAUUGGCGUAGAACAGGCCAUCAUUUAUUUUAAUAGGAUGUUAAAUGAAGGGAUCUCCCCCAAUGUCGUCACAUGGAAUGUAUUAGUCCAGGGGGUUUUUAGCAACACAGGUUAUUCAGGGCACACUCGCUUUCUUGAAAGGAUUCUGUGCAGGGGAUAUGAUAAAAUGGUGUGAAGAAAAUGUUUUAAGGCUGAAAGUCAAAGAAAUGCAACAGAUGUCUUACUGGAGAAGUUGUUGACAAAAUCUCCUUGUUGGACAGAUAUUUGCAAUACUAUGAUCCAACCACAGUGCAUUCGUCCCACACCCCCACAGGACGCAGUAAGGACAUAGCCAAGCAGCGUAGCAGUUGAAUUGGUUUUCCUCUAAAUUUCAGCAGCUAAGUAAUUCUAACAAACAUGAAGCAUCAUUUACAAAGUGCGGGUGGUUUUAAUUACUUCUUUGAAUGCAAAGUUUCAAGUUCAUUGUGGUGACCAGAGUUUUGGAUUCUGAUGGAGUUUAUAAAGAAAAUACAGCAAAAACAAUAGAUUGUGUGGAGCUAGUGCUGAGGAUUCUCAUCACAGAGCAGGGGAAGAAUUGUAAAAUUUAUUGUCUGAAAACUUAUUUGGAGAAAUCACUUUUUGUCCCCCUUUUAGGCUCCCUUCAGAUCAAAGAUUUCCUUGGAAAGGAAAAAGGAAAGAAAUAUAAGAAAGAGUUUCAUUUUUUAAGUAGUGAAUAUUUAUUAAAAUAUUGUUAAAAAUCAAGAAAAUUCAAAUGUCAAUCAUGUGGAAAUUAAAUGUUUGUUCAUUGAUUUAUUAUGUAUUUUAUUCUCUUUCUAUGUUAAUCGAUUUAUUAUAUGUUUCUCUCA